GUUGAACUUUCCCGCCAAUAUAGUUUGUAAACAAACAUGGCAGCAGAAGGCAGCAGGAUGGAGGUGGAUGCUCGUGAGAACUUGAAUAAGGCAGCUGCUGCAGCUGACAAAGCUGCCCAUGCACCAUGGAUUGAAAAAUAUCGUCCAACAACUUUUCCUGAGAUUGUAGGAAAUGAAGAGACUGUUGCAAGACUGGAGGUGUUUGCCAAGCAAGGCAAUGUUCCCAACAUUAUUAUUGCAGGACCUCCCGGUGUUGGCAAGACAACUACGAUUUUGUGCUUAGCUCGUGCACUUUUGGGUCCUAGUUUUCGAGAAGCUGUGAUGGAACUGAAUGCAUCAAAUGACCGUGGUAUUGAUGUUGUGCGAAAUAAGAUAAAGAUGUUUGCUCAGCAAAAAGUAACACUUCCCAAAGGAAAGCAUAAAAUUAUUAUUCUGGAUGAAGCUGACAGUAUGACUGAUGGUGCUCAACAAGCACUAAGAAGAACUAUGGAGCUGUAUUCCAAUACCACUAGAUUUGCGUUAGCAUGUAAUUCUUCAGAAAAAAUUAUUGAACCAAUCCAGUCACGAUGUGCAAUGCUGAGAUACUCGAAGCUCACCGACUCUCAGAUUCUUACAAAAAUUUUGGAAGUAUGUAGAAAGGAGGAUUUGAGUUACACUGAAGAUGGUCUUGAAGCAAUUGUGUUCACUUCACAAGGAGAUAUGCGGCAAGGUCUCAACAACCUACAGUCCACAGCACAGGGCUUUGGACACGUAUCAUCAGAGAAUGUGUUCAAGGUGUGUGAUGAGCCCCAUCCAAUUUUAAUCAAAGAAAUGAUUCUACACUGUGUGAAAACAAACUUUGAUGAGGCUUAUAAGAUUUUAGCUCAUCUGUGGAAAUUGGGCUAUGCUUCUGAGGACAUAAUUAGCAACAUCUUCAGAGUUUGCAAGAACACCAACAUGGCAGAAUUUCUCAAGUUAGAAUUUAUCAAGGAAAUAGGUUACACCCAUCUACGUAUUGUUCAGGGAACCUCCUCACUUCUUCAGUUGUCGGGGCUCUUGGCCAGACUGUGCUCAAAGUCUCUCGAGCCUCUGAAAAUAUAAGGAACUUUACUAAAAUAUAAAAUCUGCCUCGUUGAUAUUCUGUUGAUUACAUUCGUGUGUAGCAGUUUGAAUAAAGUAUUAUACUUUGGUAAAAAUAGGAUUAAGGUCUUAAGAUUCAUAGCCUGCAUUUCAGAGUGCAAUCUUAUAUGCUGCCCUUCUUUGCCUUCCCAGUACUGUGGAAUUUGAGAGGUGUGUUGGUACUGGUAAUAUGUUAGUGCAUGUAGAAGGCAGUCUGGGAUGCCAAGAGGCACCGUAUGUUCCCUGUCUCUAUAAAAUAAUUGAUCAUCCCUCCUGGCCUUGGCCCUUUCACCUCAUGGAUAUGAGAAACUGGCUACUGUACUUGUUUUACUGUACUAUGUGUUUUUAUAUCCUGCCUGGUCGGGGUCUGCCCCUUGUGUUAGGUUAUUGUACAGGUAACUUAUAUUUAAAAAUACCUUUUAGGAUAUCUUUUUAGAAUGUGUUAAAAUUUCUUAAUUCAGUAUUUAAUGUGUUUUUCUGGGGGGGGGGGGGGGAGCCCUUUCUACUAUCCAGGCUGAAAGGGAUAUAUUAGACUUUGGCAUCAGUCAGUGCGAGUGGAGUUUGAGGCCUACUAGGGACCACGAGCUAGAACCUGGCCCCCUCAGAGAGGCACGAGGAGCAAUGGCCUAUGGAAAUGCACAUGUGGUUAUGGAGCAUUCUAUGUCUGCCAUCGUCCGGGUCAGGCACCCAGAAAGGUAAGCAUCCCAAAACAAACCCCUUUUCUGGUUGAAACUACUACUGAAAGUCAAAUGAGUGGACAGAACUCUCCAAAUGAAAACAAGCAAACAAGCAUGAUGUCACCAAGUGCCAUCUGCACAGCUACCCCCUUCCCGGGGGAGGGGGGAGGCUUCAGACCUCUUGCACGCUACCCAUACUUCAAUUCUGUGGCUGAUGUGAUUGGCAACGGUCGUGUAACUCUGGCUCCCGAUUUCUGUCCUCCAGCUCUGUGCCUUGUGGUGUUGAGCAGUUUUUCUGGUGGUGCACGAGCCAGGAGUAAUCUCACAGGUACUCGGGCAGUGUGUGCCUAGUGUCACCUUCCUUAGGUGCCCUGUAAGUACUGCCCUUGGGGCUUGGGGCCACCUUCCACAAGUCACAGUGGGAUCUACCUCUGCUUGGUUUUUUGCUGCUAGGUGAUCGACUGCUCUUAGUGUGCUGGGGUGUUUUCUGCACCCUUGUUUGCCUAUGAGAAGAGAUAGUUUGCACUGGUAGGCAGUGUGGAGUACUGCAAAGCUAGUUAUCACCUCUCAUAUUGGCCAGCUCUGUUCCACCUGGGCACGUUGUCCUCUUGCAUUUUUUUUCUUUUGUUUUUAUAUCCUGCCUGGUUGGGGUCUGCCCCUUGUGUUAGGUUAUUACCAUUGUCUAUUGAUGGUACUUCCACUAAGUCCCUGUGAGUGGACACGUCCCGGGGUGCAGCUUUUAGUGGAUCUCUUGGUAGACUUUGGCGCCGGUUAGCAGUACCCUGCCUGGGCUUCCCUUAGCGAUACCAGUGUAAGGGGCCCGGGGAAUCCCCACGUUGGCGCGUGGGUCUGAUGGAUGUGACCCCUGGGUUCCCUCUCGCUUUAUGUGAGUUUGAGGAUUGCUCUGUACCCCUUGUCUCAGGGUGGCUCUCCGUUUUUGCCUCCGUCAUGCUGGCUGUUGGGUCGGUGACACCUUUGACCCAGAGUCCUGCAAGUUUUGUUGCUUGUUAGUGACUCAGUUCACCCAGUUCACUGAUGAUUCUCUUUGGGUGCAGGCAGCUCAGGCAUUGCAUGCUAGGUUUAGGUUGCUGCAACGUGCUAGGUUAGUUGCUUCUCCGGAAGCCUCGAGGCUGCCCCAUUUUGGUUAUAGGGACCUGGACUUGGGGGUGGUAGUCGCCUCGACUCUGGUUCAGUUCGUGCCCCCUCAUCCUUUCCCUGCUGAGGUUCAUUCUGGCCCGUUUCCCCCUGCUUUCGGCUUUCGAAAGCGAAGCGGUGUACUUCGCUUUCUGUUAAGGUUGUCUUGUCCUUUCUCUCGUGGUUGCUUCAGGACCAUCAUCUUAUGGAGAAUACUGUCGCCUUGUGUCGUGUGGCGCUGGUGGAGCUGCUGCAGCUGCUGCAGCUUGCUUUCGGCAUUGAUGUUACUUCUGUGCCAUUUCACAAGCUGUCUCGGGCGUUGUUUCACCUCUGGCCUACUCAUGUGCUGCCUGAGCCAUCUUGGUCAUUGAACAGGGUGCUCUCUUUUCUCUCUUCCCCUUGGUUUGUAGUGGCUCCCUUGGUUCAGGAUUAUUUCUCCCAGGUUCUUAUCCUGUUGGCUUUGGCCUCUGGGGGUCGGGGAGCUUUAUGCUUUCCUAUGGUGCAGGGGUUUCUGCUCUUUUGGUUCUGGUGAAAGGUUUGUUCAUUUGCAGCCAUCUCCUUCUUUUCUGGUGAAGAAUGAGAUGGGUGCUUUCCUGUGGGGUCUCUUGGGUUGUUUAUAUUUGGUUGGUUAGGGCGGGGGUGCAUCAUGUAUUGUGUCCAGUUGCAGCUCUCUGCUGGUUUUUGCGCGCCACAGCUUCCGUGAUCGGGGAUGCGCUUUGGGUUGACCCGGUUUCCCUUCUUCCCUGUUCCAGGGUUCGGGUGUCUCAGGUCGUCCGCAGGGUUAUUCGGUCCAGCCAGCCUGCAGUCCAUCCCCGUGCCCACGACGUUCAUAAGUUGGCUGCGCUUGCUGCCGUCUUCGGUAACAUGUCUUGUGUUGACAUUCGGGUGCGGGGUUUUUAUGGGUCGAACAGGCUCCUGGCCUCGUCGGGCCUGUGUUGUUUUGGGUUGGUGGUUGCAGCCAGUUGUCUCAACUUCGAGUUAAGGAGCGAGUGCCAACUGUUUCCUGGGUAAGUCCCUUUUUGUCCUUGUCUUUGGGUAGUUAGCUCCGGGGAGCCAAAGGGGCUUCCCUCGGAUAACCAGCAUUGAAUGUAAUAAAACGUCAUUUUCUGGGUGAGACCCGGAGGCUCCCCUACAUCCCUCCCUCCGGUCGGCAGUUUUUCGCAUAUUUUUACAUCCAGCCUCAGAACUGAGGCGUGGGUGGCUGACAUGAGGGGUCAGGGGCUUUCCCUUCUCCCUCCCGGGGAGGGAGGAGCUGCACAGACGCCAGUGUGGCACAUGGUGAUGUCAUGCUCGUUUUCAUUUGUGGAGUUCUGUCCACUCAUUUGAAUUUCAGUAGUAGUUUCAACCAGAAUAGGGGUUUGUUUUGGGACACUUUAUCUUUCUGGGUGCCUGAUCCAGUCGAUGGCAUACAUAGAAUGCUCCAUAACCACAUGUGCAUUUCUAUAGUCUAUUGUCUUUCUCCCCACCCCCCCCCCCCCACUCCUUUGAGGGGGCCAGGUUCUGGUUUGUGGUCCUUGGUAGGCCUGGAACUCCAUUCACAUUGAUCGAUGCCAAAGUCUGAUAUAUCUAUAUCAGCCUGAAUUUUUUGGGGGUUGCCUCCGGGUCUCACCCAGAAAAUGGCGUUUAAUUACAUUCAACGCUGUUUUUUUUAUUACAUUUGCAUGUGGUUAUGAAAUACAUUUGCAUUUGCAUGUGGUUAUGAAAUAAAAUAGGCAAAUGAUGUACAGUAAUUUAUAAUACAUUUUCAAGAUGUAUAAAUAAUUUAAAGAUUUGCUUAUGGGAAAAAUUUAAUAUAGUUUAGAUAGUUAAACUAUGGAAAAAGUAGAACUUCAUAUUAAGAAUAUUCAGUGGUCUGCCAAGGUUCCCUACUAGAACUGACAUUAUUAUUUACAAAGAAAUAUUUUGUCUGUAUCAUAAGUGUGUAGAUAGUAGUUUUGUUAAAAACCUUUAAUAAACAUUUCUCAGUGA